AUGACAGUUAGAAGCACGCGGUCGCCGCGGUCGAUCUUCUUCAUGUGCCAUCUUCUAAUGAAGCCGCAAACGUUGUUCAAUGACAAAGGCAAGUACCCGACACUGACUCGCAUGUCAUACUGCCAGUGCCGGCUGCCGACGGUCUUCACCAGCGUGUUCGAGAGGUUCGGCUGGGCGCACGUGGCGCUGCUCCUGGAUAAGUCCGAUCUGUUCUCCCUUACCGUUGGUAAAAGUCUAGAAUGGGGCCUGCGAAAGAAAGGUUUUCUAAAGGCAGUAAGGGAGCUCGACGGCAACGAGAGAGAAUCCUGCGAGGCCUUGCUUCAAGACGUCAGCAUGUAUGCUAGAGUGGUGAUUCUCAGUGUUCGAGGACCGCUCGUCCGCGAGUUCCUGCUAGCAGCUCACUCCUUGGGUAUGACGCGAGGCGACUGGGCCUUCCUCGACGUUGAGAUAUUCCAGGGCGGAUACUGGGGCGAGACAGGAUGGGCUGCAGGUGACGAGCACGACGCGGCGGCGCGCGCAGCUUACGAGGCGCUUCUAAGGGUGUCUUUAAAGUUACCCACGGGUGACAAAUUUGAUGACUUCGCCGACAAAGUCAAAGCUCGAGCCAAGGAUCACUAUAACUACAGCUUCUCUGAUGGGGAGGAGGCGAUGGAAUCGAAACAGAAGCAGACUUCCUCCACCAUCUUCGCCUUGGACGAGGCCAUCACUCGUCUCUUCUCUCAGCGAACGAGAGACAAUACCAUGCUAAAGCUACUGAUGGAUGCGGCACGUAUCGUUUGCGAUUGCCAGUACAAAGAGUCGUUAACUAGACGAGGAUUCAUUCUCAGCGGCGUGAAGAAAGAAAUGAAAGAACAGAUGAAAGACACAAAGAUCGACAAGUUCCUGUUCGGAAAAAACCUAUCGGAAACUUUAAAAGCCGCUAAGGCGAUUCAAAAGACCAGUUCAGGGACCUUAAGCCUACCCCGGCGAAGAAGGCGACUUCAAAGAAUUCCACAAGUUUCAACGCUAUUUUCACACCGGCAAGCUCGAAUUGACGCCGAGCUAAACAACAUGGCUUGGAGAGUACGACCCGAGGAGGUGUUGGUGGAAGUAGGUACUGGACUUGGCGCUAGUCCCGCACUGCACAGCAUUAACGAGGUUCUUAAGUUAUCUCUCGGUUGGAGUGCCCGCAGCAGCUCCGGGACAGUUUCUGGAGUGGGGAGCACUCCUUCACUCACCCUCUCUUCGUUCACCGUCGGCCUCUACAAGGGAAAUCGUGUGGCCGUCAAGAAAAUACAUAGGAAAAAAUUAGAUUUGAACAAGAAACUUCUAUGGGAAAUUAAACAGGCACGCAAUGUAUCUCAUGAGAACACCGCACGCUUCAUUGGCGCGUGUGUCGACUGCCCAUUGGUGUUUGUGCUCACCGAAUACUGCCCCAAAGGUUCGCUAAAGGACGUGCUGGCCAACGAGGAGUUGCAGCUCGAUUGGAACUUUAGAACUUCGCUUGUUCAUGACAUAGUCCAGGGCAUGUGCUACCUGCACGGUGGACUUGGUGCUCACGGCAAAUUGCGGUCUUCGAACUGCCUCAUCGAUGGCCGCUUCGUCCUCAAGAUAUCCGACUAUGGUCUACACACGCUGUGCACGCCCACGGAUUUGAUUAAGGACGAUACUUAUUAUUAUAAGCUACUUUGGACAUCGCCGGAGCUUGUCCCCGGGAGUAUAUACCCAGGAGCAGUGGCUUCUCUUAAAGGAGACGUGUACAGCUUCGGCAUCAUUCUGGAAGAAAUAGUAGUGAGAGCUGGGCCUUUCCAUCACUUUACUUCCACUAUGUCAAACGAAGAAAUAGUAUCAAGAGUAUGUGCUCGAGAAACGCCCCCCUUUCGACCAGUGGUAGGGGUAAAUGAAGUGGGAGCGGGGACCGGUGGUGCGGGCGCAGGAGCAGCAGGGGAACUACUGGAGCUAGCUGCCAAAUGCUGGGCAGAAUGUCCUGAUGACAGACCUACUUUUGAUACUAUCAACGCUAAUUAUAUCAAGGGAUAUUGUGAUAAUCUGAUGGACGAUCUGCUACGACGAAUGGAACAAUACGCUAACAAUUUAGAAUCACUGGUUGAAGAGAAGACUGAACAAUUAUCUUUGGAAAAACGACGUUCAGAGGAGUUAUUGUAUCAGGUGCUUCCAAGGCCAGUAGCUCAACAACUGAUGGCAGGUGAAAUGGUGCAACCCGAGAGUUUUGAGUGCGUGACAGUGUACUUUAGCGAUAUUGUGGGCUUUACGGAACUCUGCGCAGCAUCCACGCCCAUGCAAGUCGUGGACUUGCUAAACGAUUUGUACAGCACAUUUGAUAGAAUUAUUGGGUUUUAUGAUGUUUAUAAGGUGGAAACCAUCGGUGACGCAUAUAUGGUGGUAUCAGGACUACCUCAACGGAACGGCGAUCAACACGCUCGCGAGAUCUGCCUAAUGGCCUUAGCUGUUGUGGAGGCUGUUCGCAGCUUCGUUGUCCGACAUCGCCCGACGCAUCGAUUGGAGGUACGAGUUGGUGUCCAUUCGGGUCCGGUGUGCGCGGGGGUGGUUGGUGUGAAGAUGCCUCAUUAUUGCCUCUUUGGUGACACUGUUAACACCGCCAGCCGCAUGGAGUCUUCAGGACAACCACUAAGAAUACACCUCAGCGAAAGUACAAGGGUGCUGCUCCAGCAGUGGGGUACAUUCGCCGUCGAGCGCCGAGGCGAAGUGGAACUCAAAGGCCGCGGUCGGAUGCUCACACAUUGGCUACUCCAUUGUUCGGAAACGGAAGCGGUUUUGUCCCAAGGACCUGUACCUUCGCAACAAUAUCCAAUAUUAUUCCCUGCCUUGCCACAAGCUAUGUCAAUUCAUGCUCCGUAUUUGGUAGUGGAAACACCAACUCUGGCUGCCUGAUUGGAGGAGAAUGCCAGACCUGAUGAAGAUGAGGGAUAGUUAAUGAGGCAUCAGGAUGGAUGUUUAUAGAUUUA